AGAGGGUGUGUGUGAGUGUGUAAGUGUGUGUGCCCCCUACUCAGCCCUCCACCCCCUAUCUCUCUACAGGACUGCCAGCCCGCCUAGAGUUAUUCCAGGAAUGCGUUGAACAUGGCUGCCGCGAUGAAGGAGCAGAAAACGGGACUGCUAGAACUUCGUGUGACCGUGGACCGCUGGAUCCGGGUGUUGGCCACGCUCACCGAGGACACGCUCACGUUAAAUCCCGGGGAAGGUUCCGAGGAGCCCGCGAAGCCCAACCCGAGUCCCGCCGGUGCUAUCAACGGAGACCCCCCGAACCUCAGCACGUCCCCGGUCCCGGAAACCAUCACCAACGUGAAGCGCACCGUGCGAGUUACCAAGCAAGAUGUUGGAGGACUCGGAAUCAGUAUCAAAGGUGGAAGGGAGAACAAGAUGCCAAUCCUCAUCUCCAAGAUUUUUAAGGGCCUGGCUGCUGACCAGACUGAGGCGCUUUAUGUUGGUGAUGCCAUACUGUCUGUCAAUGGAUAUGACUUACGGGAGGCUACACAUGAUGAAGCUGUGCAAGCGCUGAAGAAAACUGGCAAAGAAGUCAUCCUUGAAGUGAAGUACAUCAAGGAGAUGUCGGCCUUCUUUAAAAGCUCGGGGUCCCCUGGGGCCUCCUUCCCAUGGGAUUCUCCCCCCUCCACACCCCAGAAGGGCUCUGAGCUCUCCCCAGCUGAGGCAAAGGAGCCCCGCAGCAUCCCGCUGAAGAUGUGUCAGGUGUCACGAAAACAGUGCCCCCCGGACACAGGAAACAGGUACUACAUGUAUUUCGAGGUGGUUUCAUCCAACAGAAAGAACUCUGUGUUCCUGCGGGCAAAAGACCCAGCCAUGGCCCAGUCCUGGUACAACGGCAUCCAGGCUUGUGCUGCCAACCUUUUAUCACAAGUGAAGGAGGAGAUGAAGAGCAUGCAGCCUGGCAUGGAGGUGAAACAUCUGGGCUGGAUUACAGAGCAGUUGUGUUACAAAUGUCCAUAUAUGCAGGUGGCUCAGGGUCCAGAAAGAUCAGUACUUGCUGUGUUGACUGACAGAGACCUGCUCCUGUAUCCCUCCUUGCCUGAGACCAAAGAGAGCCUCAGCAGCCCCACCAAGAGUCACCCGCUCAUCACUACCAGAUUGGUCCACUCUGGCCCAGGAAAAAGUUCUCCUCUCCUGGACUCUGACCUGUCAUUCGGUCUGCGUUCGGGCACCAAGCAAGGCGUUGAGACCCAUGUAUUCAGGGUGGACUCUGCCAAGGAGCUGUCCACCUGGACUCAUCUGCUGGUGGAGGGCUGCCACAAUGCUGCUGAGCUCAUCAAGGAGGUCACCACGGCCUGUAGUUGGAAUGGGAAGGAGUGUACCCUGGGAGUGCACAUCGAUGAGGGUUUUACGUUAUUCACAGAAGAGAUGGGUGUCAGGAAAAGUAUUCUCCUCCAGCAGCCCUUUGAGCGCCUAAGAAUGUCCUCUGACGAUGGAGUUCGCAUGAUGUUCCUGGACUUCGGAGGCCCCGAGGCCGAGAUUCAGCUGGACCUCCACUGUUGCCCUAAGACCAUAGUCUUCAUUAUCCACUCUUUCCUAUCUGCAAAAGUCAAGCGACUCGGCCUCCUGGCAUGAUAAUGGCCAACCAUCCAGAACAUCAACAAUAGGAAUAUUCAAUAAAAUACACAGCCUACAAGACUGAAACACACCAGAGGAUGGGGCCCAGGAAAAGAUGUCCAUUAACCCCCCUUUUUUUUCAGAUUUCCUAGGCCUCUAAAAUUCUCAUCUCUGGUCAGACAUCUCCUGGUCUUUUUAGUGGAAUGAAGAGAAAACUGCAGCAUUGGUGGACCUUUGUUGAACUUGUAGUAGUAAAGUAAAUAGAGGUUUUACAAUUGGCAUACGUCAGCAGCCACUUAAGGGAUCUGACAUCUGCUGAAUCUGUCGUGGUAGGUCAUGACACUUUGUGAUGGCAAACUGUGUGAUUGAGACAGCUUGCAUCUUAAUGUUUCUAAGCGUGAAGCCCCAACUAUUUGAUUUUUUUUUUUUUUUUUUUUGGCCACUGUUUAAUUUUAUUAGAUGAGUCACAGCAGGCCUUUGUCAUGAGCAUCCUUUCAGUCUUUGCUUUAUGUGCCAUGAGCAGUAAUAAAAGAGUUUUUUUCACAAAUGUCCCGAUUGAUGUUGGAGAAUUUUUUUUUAUGAAGGCAGCUUCAGUGGAGUGACAGGAUGAUGUGACUGAUCACUACAUGAUCAAUAGUCUGUGCUGAAAAAUGUACAGAAUGCAACUAUAACAAUAUGCUGUUUAUGUGGAUACUUAAGUUGCCUUUACCCUGAAUGACCAUGAAAGAAGCUACAUGUUUUAUGCUUAGACAACUUCCAAAUAGGAAAUCGAAUAUAUUUUUCAUUGUAGCUGAACAGCUUAUUUUAUAUUCCUCUGUUUUUCUCCUUCCCCUGUUGUGAGCAUGCUUAUAAUCCAUGGUCUAACAAAGAGAAAGGACUAACAAGAGUAUGAUAUUAUGAAAGGCUUUUUUUUAAAAUUGUGUUUUAAUUUAACCAAUAAAUUAGAUAAAAUAUAUAAACUUAAAAUUUUCUUUAAAAAAGACAUAUCUUGAAUCUGGAUGGCCUUAGACAGUGUGACUCGGAAGUUUCAUUUUAUUUCAGCCCAUGUGAAGUAUAAAAUAAUAGCUCUUGUGUUUUUAGGGUCCUAUUGACAAAGGUUUUCACAUCAUCAUUUAUUAAUAGAUGAGAAACAGUUGAACAGCUGAAAGAGUGCCAGUCCAGCUAAGCUACUUCUGCAUAGAUAAGCUUCUCAGUGAAAUACAGAGUUCAGCUCCAAAAUGUUAUAGUGCAAAGUGUUUUUGUUUGUAAUUUAGUCACCAGAGAGGACAACUUUAUCAGAGAGCAUGAAUGGUGCGUUUUACAUAGUAUGUCCAACAUUUAAAUAUAUUAAUUUAAAUACCAUCAUAAAGUGUUUGAUCUUUUCUUCUUUAUUAUUUUUGUCAGUUGAAUAUCCACAACUUGGGGCCUUCUCUCUCUGUCCAACACUAAACAGACUUGUAUUAAUAUAUAUUUCAAAACUAAAACUUGUUUGGUUUCAACAAUAAAAUGUAUUGUAUAUUCUUAUUUAAACAAAGGUGUGCCUUUCAGGGUUGUUUGUAUAUAAACAUGUAAUAAACUUUGUUAACUUUUAUUGUUUACGUUGAAUGUGUUUUAUUGACAAAGCAUAAAUGCGUCUCUUAUUUAGACAGAAGGGACGGGCGGCAGGCAUUGUGGG